GGAUGUGGAAAUCACCAGUUGUGUGCUGUGUGACGAAGGGUCAACAUGAAGCCGAUCUACAGCUGGUUGUGUGUGAUGGUUGUGACACUCUGUGCUCAACCUACAUCAGCAUUCGUUAAAAGAGGGCUUUCUAUCCCCUCUGCGGUAUCACCUGUCGAAACAAUGCGCGACUUCAUGGAGACGAAUCCGGAGGAAGUCGAGGGAAAGACGCUGUACCAGAGUGACAUGUUGCUGUCGGAGGAGCAGUGGCAGAGUGUGAGGGAGAGGAAGGCAAUGGCAGACUUAGUCUACCGCUGGCCAAACGGCGGGGACGGUUACCCUAUAGUCCCGUAUGUCUUUGAUGGAGAUAAAGUAGACCGAGAAGCGUGUGUGUCUGGCAUGGAUCACUGGAUGAAACACACCUGCAUCAAAUUCGCUCCCACUACCAACACUAACCAGCCUCACUUGAGGUUUAUGUACGGCCCUGGAUGCUACUCUUACGUCGGGCGUAUACCAUACUUCAAAGGGCAAGAGGUCUCCAUCGGCAAUGGCUGUAACCACCUGGGAAUAGUGGUUCACGAGGUGGGUCACGCUAUUGGGUUCGCACACGAACAUUCUCGCCCAGACCGAGACGAGUUCGUCCACAUCAACAACGAAAACAUCAUACCUUCUCAAGUCAGGAACUUCGAAAAGAGAGCCAAAUCUAGGAUCAACAACUUCAACAUCAUCUACGAUUUAUCAUCUAUCAUGCACUACAGCGACAAGAGCUUCUCUAUUAACCGCAAGCCCACCAUCUCCACCCUGGACCCCUUUAUGCAAGGCGUCAUAGGCCAGCGUGAUGGGCUCUCACACAGGGAUAAACUACUGGCUAAUAAAAUGUACAACUGCAUAAACAAGUGGCUGGCCAAGUGUCAUCUGAAAACUGACCCGUGCAGAAAUGAAGGUUACUUAGGCGCCUCCUGCAAAUGCGUUUGUCCUCCUGGAACCUCCGGCACCUACUGCCAGGUGAAAACUGGCUCCUAUUACACUGACAAAAUCAGUGCUUGUUCUGAGCGCAUCACUCGGCCAGGAAUCAUCACGUCACCAAACUUCCCCAACAACUACCAUGCCGGUGUGAAAUGUGUGAAGUUAAUCGUGGCUCCCAAGUGCUUCACUCCUCGCCUCACCUUCACAUCGUUCAAGCUCUACGGCAAGUCUAACUACUGCGACGGCAAGAGUUGCUGUUACUUCGACAAUCUAGAGAUCAGGACGAAAAACCCCUUCUCCGGUGAUAUAUUCUGUGGGACUGAGAUAGCAGCCGGACGCUCCUUCACCUCCACCACCAACACCAUGAUCCUCAACUUCCAAACUCUCACCAACUUCUACAAGGGCUGGUCAGCAGAGGUCACCUUUCAUCAGAUCCCUACCUGCAGGAGGUAGUGGCAGUGACUACACAGUGAACGCCCACACAGAUUCCUGAACGUCCACACAACUCAAUGAACGUCCAUUCAAAUAACUGAUCGUCCACGCAGCUUAAUGAACAUUCUCACACCUUCAUGAUUGUCCAGACAACUUAGUGAUCGUCCACCCACCUUGGAGAGAACGUCCACGCAGCUUAAUGAUGGCCCACGCAGCUUAGAGAAUGUCCUCGCUGUUUAAUGAUGUUUCACUAAGCUUAGUGAUCGUCCAGCAGGUUAUUGGAAGUCUACACAGCUUAAACAUCGUUCAUGCAGGUUGAUGGACAUCCACACAGCUUCCACCACCAGCUCUAUAAAUGCCUAACGUACUGGGAGACCUUUCAAAGUCUUCCUCAGAAGAACCUUGGCGAGUACAUCUCUCUUAAACCUUACUUAACUCCAUUGGCAAAAAACUGUCUGUUCUUCUUCUUCUUCUUCUUCUUCUUCUUCUUCUUCUUCUUCUUCUUCUUCUUCUUCUUCUUCUUCUUCUUCUUCUUCUUCUUCUUCUUCUUCUUCUUCUUCUUCUUCUUCUUCUUCUUGUAGAAUUGCCGACAAUAUGUUAGGUAAAAGGACACAAGUGCAACUAAUGUGACAUUUUAUUGUGGCAACGUUUCGCUCUCCAGAAGCUUUAUCAAGCUGUUACAAACUAACACAUGGACACAGAGGGUAUAUAUAGGCUUAGAGUGAAGUGCAAAGCGUAAUAUAAUUGUUGUAUGUGGCAGUCGUGGUACUACUACCUACCUGUGUUCCUUGGUUUAGGUAAAAGCCUGGUUGGGAGAGUUGAGUUACUGUUUACAGAGGAUCGAGCCUCCAGCGUUCAUUUCGCUGACUGAACCACAAAGGUUUGACGUUUUAUA